GAAGAGCCCGGGAAUAUGUCACAGCCGACGACCGCAACAUUAAAAACAUAUAUAAUAUGUAUAUAUUUACACUUAUAGCCGCAAUGCAUACAUAACUCAACCAUGUUCACGGUCACGUCGGAGAUCUAUAGCGAGACCAAUUACCAGACCACGCGCGAUGGCAGCCGGGCAGUGUCCAAGUUCCGCUUCGUCUAUCCGCCGGAGGAGAAGCUGGCGGGGAUUACAGCGGACAGCGAUGGUGACCUUGAGGUACCAAGGCCACGGCGCGGCGUGAUCGAACUCGAGCAUUCCGAGGCCACCGAGCUCCGACUGGUGGGACUGCAAGUGUGGCGCGGUGCGCUCCUCCUGGCUGAUUACCUCUUUGCCAAGCGGCUGGAGUUUGCGGAGCAAACCAUCAUGGAACUGGGUGCUGGCGUGGGCCUCACUAGCAUUGCAGCUGGAAUUUACAAUGCCGGCAAAGUAUACUGCACGGAUGUGGAUCUGGGCUGCAUCCUCAAGUUGAUUCGCGGCAAUGUGGAAAGGAACUCGCAGCUGCUAACUGGUCAGGUGUCCGUCCUGGAGUUUAAUUUCCUAACUCCAAGGGGAGAGCAAUCGAAGGAGCUGUUGAAGGCCAUAGAUGAUAGCGAUAUCAUCCUGGCCGCCGAUGUUAUAUACUGCGAUACCCUCACGGAUGCCUUUAUCGGUGUGGUGGAUCAAGUUCUGGACAGGGGCCACCAAAUUGGUCGAUCCAAGACUAUAUAUAUGGCGCUAGAGAAGCGCUAUGUCUUCACCCUGGAAGAUUGUGAUUCCGUGGCGCCAAUGUACGAAUACUUCCUCCGUCAGACUGCAAAUAAGCCCUGGAAUCUGGAGCAUCUACCACUGGACUUUCCUCAGUAUUUUGAAUACGAUCGCUGCAAGCAACUGAUUCUGAUGAAGAUCACCAGACGCUAAAGGAUUACAGCAACAAACAACCACGUUCUGUGUUCCAUAUUAAUUGUAACUAACUUUAGCUAAAUUAUUUCUGUUUUUAUACUUACAUUAAAACUGGAAUUUAAGCAAUAA